GAGAUAGUUCUCUUUUGAAUAUUCUUGUAAACUUUUAAUUUGUACACCUCCUUCAAGGGAAGGGAGUCAGGGAGGCGUCGAGGAGAAGCUCUGGCCUCUGGGUGUGGACUGUGGAGGCGAAUUCCUUGGCGACGGCUCAGGCCAUUCCGAGUUUCCUAGACCAGUUCGACCGGAGUCGGAGUCGAGAUGGAAGUGGUGGCCCUGGUGAGCGGCGGCAAGGACAGCUGCUUCGCCAUGAUGCGAUGCCUCGACUACGGCCACAAGGUCGUCGCUCUGGCUAAUCUCAUUCCCCUCGACGAUGCUGUCGACGAGCUCGACAGCUACAUGUACCAAACUGUUGGACACCAGAUUGUGGUCUGCUAUGCUAAAUGCAUGGGGUUGCCUCUGUUCCGGCGGCGCAUUAGUGGAUCAACAAGGAAUCACGGUCUUAAAUAUAGUGUUACUCCAGGUGAUGAGGUGGAGGAUAUGUUUGCCCUGUUGAGUGAGGUUAAGCGGCAAAUUCCGUCUGUCGCUGCCGUCUCUUCAGGCGCCAUCGCCUCCGAUUACCAGAGGCUUCGGGUCGAGAGUGUCUGCUCAAGGUUGGGCCUGGUCUCAUUGGCAUAUAUGUGGAAGCAGGACCAGACUUUGCUUCUUGAAGAAAUGAUAAGAAGGGGCAUUGUGGCUAUAACUGUUAAGGUUGCUGCACUGGGGUUGAAACCUUCUGCUCACUUGGGGAAAGAACUGGUUGAACUUAAGAGCCAUCUACUCCAUAUGAAUGAGAGUUAUGGAAUCAAUGUCUGUGGUGAAGGUGGAGAGUACGAAACACUAACUCUUGACUGCCCUCUAUUCCGUAAUGCAAGAAUUGUCCUUGAUGAUUUUGAAGUAAUACUCCACUCUGCUGAUUCCAUUGCUUCAGUUGGAAUUCUUCAUCCAUUAGCAUUUCAUCUUGAGCACAAGCCAGGUUCAUCUAGCAGCAUUGGGGAUGGUGCUAUUGCUCAAGAGAACUCGAGUUCCUUGUAUGAAGUAAAUGGAGGUAUUGUGCAUGCUGAUGCGGAAGACAAACAGACUUCGAGUCCAGCACCAACUUCUGAUGCUUACCCAAAUAUAGAUGUAUGCAUCUCAAAGACAGGGAAGACGGUCUUUUCCAUUGGUUGUUGGAAGAAAGAACCGUCCGGAUCUUGUGCUUCUGAAGGCCUGAAGGCAGAUCUAGUUGCGGUUUUGAGCAGAAUAGAGAAUCAGCUCAAGGAAGAGGGAUUAACUUGGGUGAAUGUUCUAUAUGUUCACCUCUACAUUUCAAGCAUGAAGGAAUUCGGAUUAGCCAAUGAAGUUUAUGUCAGCUUCAUUACAGAAAAGAAAUGUCACCUUGGUGUUCCUUCACGCAGUACAAUUGAAUUGCCACUAGUUCAAGUUGGUUUAGGCAAUGCAUAUGUGGAAGUUCUAGUUGCAAAUGAUCUGGUCAAAAGAGUUCUGCAUGUACAAAGCAUCUCAUGCUGGGCUCCUAGUUGCAUUGGACCUUAUAGCCAGGCAACACUAUAUGGAGAGAUUCUAUAUAUGGCUGGUCAGCUCGGGCUUGAUCCCCCUACAAUGAAGCUCUGCCCUGGAGGUGCAACAGCUGAACUGGAACUAGCACUGGUAAAUAGUGAAGCUGUGGCUAAUGCCUUCAACAGCUCUAUCUUUUCUUCAGCAAUACACUUUCUGGUGUACUGCUCUGCCCGGUUGACAUCCAGUGAGAAGGAAGAAGUUGAACAUAAACUUCAGAAUUCAUAUGUUGGUAAUUUAGAUUGCUCAAGAACCGGAUCAUAUCCUACUAUUCUAUAUGUACUUGCACCAGAUCUUCCAAAAGGAGCGUGUGUGGAGAUAAAACCAACAUUAUAUGUCCCCACGAAUGAUGAUGAUGAUGGAGAUGCUAUGAGAGAGCUGGAUACUGGAGGGUCACACCCAGCAUCGAGCAAAGUUCCGAGUGAGUGGAGCGCACGAUACUCUGGCUUGCAUGACUCAUGCUGCCUGAUCCACACGGUUGCUGGGAGGAUUUGUUCUGCUGUAGUUUCAAUCACAAAUGAUAUUGCAUCAAAGAUCUGUUCUAGAACUGAACACCUCUCGGACGAGCAUUUGAAAGCCCUAGCUAAAUUUUGUGCUUUCCAGCUCGCAAAGAUCCUGAUAGAUAACGGCUUUUGCUGGGACAACGUAACGAUGUUAAGGUUCUACUAUUCGGUAGAGCAUCCAGUGGCAGCGGAUGUGAUGUCCCGUGCAUUUUCUGAGGUUUUCACAGAGCUUGGAGAAGCCGAUAGCUCCUGCAGAACUGAUGGGGUGCCUAUUUUCAACAUGGUUCCAGUUUCUGGAUCUGGUUGCUCGGCUUCGAUGAAUAACAUCAUAACGUGCGAGCUAUUAGCUUCCAAAGCUUAAGGUCAAGAACCUGGCCUGCACACACAACUUGGUUCAGGUGAUCCUCACUGGAAUGCAUCUUUCUUUAGGACAUUGGAGGCAAGUAGGAUUUUCUGCCAAACGAUCCGGCGCUCUAUCAGCUGGACAACAGACAAUCAGUUGCCUUAGUGUUAGCGGUAGUCUUCUGUGUUGGUGAUUUUGGUUCAUUAUACGAUGGUUAUCAAUACUAUACUAGUAUACUAUAUUUAUACAUCUACCCGCUGGGUCUGGUUAGCCUGAACUGUACUCCCUCCGUUCCUAAAUACUUGUCGCUGUUUUAGUGCAAAUUUGAACUAAAACAGCGAAAGUAUUUAGGAACGGAAGGAGUAGCUUGUAAGGACAUCGGUGUACUGAUACUGAGGAUGCUCAGUUAGUGGCACGAGUGUUCUCUGUGUUGGUCUUGCA